AUGCCUCCAACGACGGCGGCGGCGGCAGCGACGACGACAGCGACGGCGCCGUCGAAGUUUCCCUUUAGCGACUCUCGUGUCGACGUGAUCAUCCGCUCAUCCGACAAUGCCGACUACCGUGUGCACAAGUACAUGCUCUCCUUCUCCUCGACAUGCUUCAGCGACAUGUUCCAGCUCCCCCAGGCGCAAGGCCAGAACGACCUCCCCGUCGUGCCCGUGACAGAGGACAGCGCCGUGCUCGAGAAACUCCUCCUCUUCUGCUACCCCUGCGACCGCCCGCAGCUCGAGACCCUCGACGAAACGAUCAAGUUCCUCGAAGCAGGCCGCAAAUACGGCAUGGACAACAUCAAAGACGCCGCACGCGCUGCCCUCCCCUCCGUGCGCAUCGCAUCGCCCAACCCGCUCGCCGCAAUCGUCGCUGCGCUCAAAUACGAGAUGGACGCAGAAGCGAAGGAGAUUGCGCGCUACCUGCUCGAGAAGGACAGCAUCCCCCUGACCGCGCCCGAGAUCGACGACAUGUCCGCGAGCGAGCUCGCCGCGCUCAUGCGGUACCACGCCGCGUGCUGCGACGCCGCGUCGCGCGUCGUGUCCGACCCCAACACGCUCUCCACGGCGUCGUCGCUCGCGGCGGGCGGUGGGCACCCGUGCACGUGCCACAAGCGCCAGUGGGCGUACGGGCGGCAGGCGUUCGACGCGCCGCGGUGGUGGCUCGAGUUCGCGGACGAAGUCGCGUGGAUUCUGGGCAAGAUGCCAGCGCCGCACGGGACGCAGAUCAAGAAUGCGUUUCAUAUGGGCCUGUACAAGGCGCGCUCGUGUGCGUCGUGCUCGUCCAAGGGGUGCAGGUCGCUCGCGCAGUUUUUGGCGUUCAUACAGGAAGAAGUCGAGAGGGCGAUAUCGGAGGUGAGUGUAUGCUGGCUCUCGAGUGCUUGUUCGGUCUUACGACGAGACCUUUGCUAG